AUGAUAAGCAGUCUUGUCAAAAGAAGACCUUAUAGUGCAAAGGGGAGGAUAACAUCAGACACAUCAGAAGUAGUAGGCAAACCAAGAUUGCCUUGGAGACCAUUCUCUGGACAUGCUGCCCUCAAUCGACCCACUUUCUUGGCGGACGAUAGUUAUCGGGAUAGUUAUAACACCAAUGUCAACAAGAACGUACAAUCAAUAAAUAUCAACACUGCUUCACGGGAACAAGGGCCUCUCAGUGACGUAACAGCGUUACCAAAAUUAUAUCAUAACAGGUCUUUACCUAAAAGUCUUUUGAGUCUGAGUCAGUGGCUUACAGAUGAUAUUCCUGAUGACUGGCCCUCUUGCUAUCAGCCGCAACAUAGUUUUGUGUUUCUUCCUUGUGUUAAUGCAGGAGAGUGUGAUGGUUUGCCUGGUGUUCCACCAGUUCAGCAACCCGAGGAUUCGCUGAUAUACAAUCCUGCACCGCAACUUAAAAAAUAUAAGCCUCCAAGACCAAGAUUUAAACACUUGUAUGAUGGUGAAGACAAAGAAAGAAAACAAUGUUGUCAUAAGGGUUCCAGGCUCAACCAGGUACCUUCACAUGCAGUUAGUGUGAUUGAUGAUAGAUAUAAGGGAAUGCGGACAGUAGAUAUCAUUAGACAAGAGAUUCGGGACCUUGAAAGACUUUUGGAGGGAAUUGGAAACCCAACAGGUUCGUCUGUAGUGGUUCGAUAUCAGCAUGAUAUCAAUCAUCUAAGGAACAUGCUUCAGACAACCCUUGAUGGAUAUGAAUUAGAUGAUAAUACCCCACAGUGUUUGACUCCAGUGGCUGUGUGUUUCCAAGAAGAUCUGAUUAGGUAUCCCGACCAACAUGAACAGAUUUUUAAAACUAUAAAACAACGCAGAGAUCAGUGUGUUCAAGAGCUAGCAGAUAUUGAGCAUGAGAUCAUGGAAAAUGAUACUUGA